CCAUAAUUCCUUCAUCCAGUUAAUUAGAUUUCGAGUCCACACAACAACACAGAAUUAGAUCUCUCAUUGAUUUCUUCUUUAUAUAUGCGCGAUAUGACAUGUACGGGGUGGCUUUGUUCUCUACGAAGAACAACAGGUAGAUCACGGAAGGAAUGUGAGGAAGAUAGAUUGUGUAAGAAGCAAAGCGUGAAUGAAGAAUAUUUGGAAGCGUUCAGAACAAAGUCUUACAUCGAAAUAUGCAACAAAGCACAAGGGGGGAUUGGAAAGACAAGCACCAAAAUGCUAACUUCUUCUUCUUCUUCUUCAAUUCCUUUGUGCAUGCAACUCACGGAGUAUUUACUAGAGCCACGGCAAGAGAUGAUAGCAAACAUAACACAGAGAUUGAAGCUUCAUCAUCUUCUUGUGGACUACUUCGAAGCCAGCUUAGAAGCGUGUCGUUGUUGUGACACAAUCCUUGAAGCCAUCCAUUCAAUGCGACUUUCUUAUCGACGAAUCACGAGAAUUGUUAAGCUAAGCAAAACGGUGCUUGAUGAUGAUGACACCAAGGGUGUAAUCUAUAGAGAGCUCGCUUCCUUUGCUCUGCAAAACAACCCUUUGUCCGUUGCUAUUAGCAGCGUGAAGUUCCGUGACAUUCAUGACAGAUACGUGGAACUCUUGAAAAGACUGAAAUCAACGAGUAAGGAAAUUCGAAGGAGGUUGACAUUAAAGAGGGUUUGCAAGAAGGUUGCGGGGAUUGCUCUUAUUACUUCUCAUAGUGUGGUUCUUGUUGCUUUGUUGGUGUUUGCUUUUCAUAGCAUUGUAGGGUUGGUGGCUGCGCCUAGUAUCGUGGGUGGGUUGGUUGGUUUGUUCGUGAAGAAGGGUCGUCAAAGGUUUAUGUCAAUUAGCUCUAAUAAUAAUAAUAAUAAUUGUGAAGAGAGGCUGUGUGAGCAACUUGAUUUGGCUGCAAAAGGGGUUUAUGUUCUGAUCAAUGAUUUGGACACAAUGAGUAGGAUGGUGAAGAGGUUGAACGAUGAAGUGGAGCAUAGGAAAGUGGUUGCUGAGGUUUGUGUGAGGAAUGGGAAGAGUGAGAUACUACUGAAGCAGGUUAUGAGGGAUUUUCAUGAGCAUGAGUCUAGCUUUCUGGAGCAGUUGGAAGAGCUGGAGGGGCAUAUCUACUUGUGCUUUCUCACCACAAACAGAUCAAGGAGGCUUGUUGUGCAACAAAUUACGGACAAAAAAGUAAAACAUUGAAAAAAACAACACAUUAUAUUCCUUCUUCAUUCUAUAUAGCAAAAUGUUCAAAAAGGCACAUGAGUUAGUUAAGUCCACAGCACACAUGGGGGAAGGUUCAAUUUCACAAGCAGGAUGGCUCUUCCUUCUCUUUAUGCCAAUUAAUUUGCUUUUGAAUUUGAUGAUGAGGGCUUUCCCUCAAUUUUCCUA